AUGUCGCCUCCUUCUAAACCACGCCUUCCUGGCCCUUGGUCCCGUGCUUUUUCACCCCUGACAAACCUCGACGACUCGCCUAGCGUUCACGUUGAUCAUGUGAAUGUCAAUGGAGUCUUGGCCGCUGGCCCAUGGAGCGUACAACCUCAUAAUGGCUUGCCAACGAUUGAAGAGACCUCUGAGAACGAUAGUAGCGCUGAUUCCGACUACGUCUUUGUCCACUCUAUCAAUCAAGACGUGCCUUCAAACUCAUUGGACGAAGGAUACGAAGACAUCCUAUCUAUUGAUGGUGAAGUCUCUGAGCAAGAUAGCAGCGACAGUACCUCAGAAUCUGACGAUAUGGAAGCGAGCUCACGCUUUCCUGUCGUCGAGUAUCGCUUCAUCCAAGAUGCCGACAUUGGCCCCGCGCCAUUCACGAAACAGCAUCUCAUCACCAGCUCAGCUAAGGCGCCAAUCCUGGGCCCACAUACCGCCAUCCAGAAUCCAUUUGGUCCAGACAAAGACAAAUGGCUCCAUCUAGCGAAGAACCUGAGUGGGAGUGAGAUCAACCUUACCGAGCUUGCAAUCUUCUGGCUCUGGUCUGGGUAUCUAAACAUUGAGCGUGGGAAUGUGGAGGAGUCUACCACAAUCUCCAUGGCCCCUACUUCACCUUGUGCCGCAGAGCGUUGCCCCAUGAUAGGCCCACCCGAUGCCUCAUAUCCGAUGACGAAUUCAACAAAGCCGCCCUUCGUCGGCCCUCGCACCUUCAUUCGCAACUCUGGCAACCACAUGGCUGGUUGGAUCCUCCACAUAUCGCGCUUCUUGACCAAGGAAGAAAUCCAGAUUGCAACCGAGAAUCUUCGUCUCACGUGUGAUAUGCCGCAUGGCUGGGCUUAUCGCCAUGACCCAGAUUGUAGCCAUGGCGUAAAGCGGACGCUGGGAGAGGAGUCUAGGUUGACUGAUCUGCUUCAGCGACAGGAUCGCGCUGCUGUGUUUCUCCAUGACGUUAUUGGACUUGACUUUGCUACCCAAGAUCAGCCUGGGGCCAAUGUUGCUCCAAUCUGGAUCAAGCGUGCUUCGCUUGCGCCUCUCUUUGGGCCCUUCCAGCUAGUCGAUUUUGACGAAGAUAAAGGUGGCCAGGCAAACACGUUCGACAACGGCCGCUACGCAUCAUCAACUUCAGACUUCGAUGCCGACUAUGAACAUCCUAAUAUUGACCGCGAAGAUAUUUCUUCGGCCAGCGAGCUCCAGAACCACACUGACUUCUCUAAUAACUUUGGACAAGAGUCAGUUUCCCAGCCUGACGUUCCAUCUGAAAAGACCUGUACCACUGCAGGCGAAGAGACACCGGACUCAACGGACAGUGUGCUACUGGAGGCAGACGGCAGUGGUUUCGGAGAGUUAUCGCGAGGAUUGAUAAUCCACGCUGGCAUCGACGAGUUCGAGAAUACUCCUGUGUCCGAGGAUGUUGUAGAUGACUCGUUGUCUAUCAACGAGGAUAGCUUCCUUGAGCAGAGCUUUGUGGUCGCAAGCCCUCUCUACGUCCAACCGCCAGAUGCUCGAGAGCCUGCACUCAUUGCACGCGAGAAAGAAACCACUGUCACCUGCGAGCAAGCGCUUGAAAAAGCAGUUGUCAAAGUAGAAGAAAUUGUCGAGGCAGCCUCGGAGGCCUUCCAGAACAUGGCGCCGAUAACUCCAGUCAAGGCAGAGCCACGCUACCCUCUCUUUGGCGCUAUUCACAACGCGACUGCAUAUGUCGUCACCUUUAUAGAGCAGCACGUCCGCAUCGCUCUCCCGAGCUGCUCCGUCGGAUACCUCAUGGCUGCGACUUGCCCAGAGGUGCAGAAUCACAUUAUUCGACCAGCUGAUAUCAUGUUGUUCUGCUCCUCAUAUCCUGAGCGAGUUGGCGCAUUGUUCAUUGCCGGUUUGGCAGUUUGUCCUUUCAUUCUGUUACCGAUCUGGGUGCUUGUGGAAGCGGGAGGUCCCAGCCGCGUUCGACAAAUGAUCAUGAUGGUUGUUAUUGCUGGAUAUGUAUACCUGGGCGCUUUGUGGGCGACUGCUCAAAGCUGA